UUCAGUCGAGCCAUUUUAACGUCUUUCUUCAACUUAAUUCCUGCCGCCCCCACGCAUAAAAUGUCUCCUAAAAAUAAUUUAACCGUUGUUGAAGCGAAAGCUUCUUCCAGCGACGCGCCGGUGCUUGGAAAAAAGGGUCCUGUAACUUUACGCGUUAAGUCCGCACAUCCUGCAACCAACUUAAUGGUGAGAGAGGCGAUAAAAACACUGGACUCCAGAAAUGGGGUUUCGUUACAGGCCAUCCACAACUUCAUCAAGCUCAACUACCCGUCCACGGACAGCGUCCGGCGCAAUUACUUUGUCUGCAGAGCCAUCAAGAAAGGUCUGGAAACGGGCGAGUUGGUGAGGCCGGCCAACGCCGUCGUCACUGUAGGCGCAAAGGGCAGAUUUCGGCUCGCACCAAAGGCCAAAGAGGUCAAAGGUAAAAAAGAAAAUGAGGAUCCAAAUGUGCAAGAAACCCCAAAGGAGGAAAACAAGAAGACAAAAACUGCUAAUGGCGCUGCAAAGAAAUCUGAUGCUGCAAAUGAACCAAAGAAAGAGGAGGUAAAGGUUCCCGAAAAGUCGAAAGAUGACGUGCCUCUGUCCUCAAAAGUGGCGCCAGCCAAGAAGCCCAAAUCUAACAAAGCUAAAGACGAAGAUGAAGAGGUUGUGUCUGGCAAGACCAAAGCUAAGCUCAAGGGGGCCAAGUUGAAGGAAGCCAAGGAGCCCAAGAACACCAAGGAGCAUAAGCUUAAUUUAGUUACUAAGAAGGCUCAGCAGCGGCUACACUUCCUGAGUGUCCUAAAGAAGUACAACCUGGACUCCAACCUGCUGCUGACCUUCUACCGCUCAGCCAUUGAGAGCAUGCUGACAUACUGCAUCACAGCAUGGUACGGCAGCUGCACCGCUGCAGACAUGGAGAGGCUCCAGAGAGUGAUAAAGGCAGCACAGCGGAUCAUCGGCUGCCCUCUCGCCUCUCUGAUAGACAUUCACACCUCCCGCUGCCUCAGCAGAGCUACCAUCAUUAUCAAGGACAGCUCCCACCCUGGCUUUGCCCUGUUUGACCUGCUGCCCUCAGGAAGGCGCUACAGGGUCAUCAGGUCUAAGACAGUGUUUUCCCUAAAGCCAUAA